AUGGAACCAAAACGCCAUCGCCAUCAAUGUAUUCUUGAUGAUCUUCCAGACCAUAUUGUUCUUAACAUCCUUAAUUUUUUUACAAUGGAAGACAUUGCUCGAUGCAGCACCUUGUCUCAAAGAUUCAGAAGGCUGUGUACUUCAGUUCCUAGCUUGCAUGUUUCCAGGACAGCCAUCGAAACCAACUUGCUGAAACGGGCCAAGUUCGUUGACUUCAUAGACAGGUUUAUGAUUCACCGCAGAUUGAAAUUGGUAAGUUUCCGCCUUUCAUGGUCCAUUCCGGUUCUUGAUUGGGUGUUAAGUGAGGAGUAUCGGAUAGAGUCAUGGCUGCAUCAAGCGGCUAGAUGCGGUGUAGAGAAGCUAAAUCUUCGUAUCUUUUAUCCAGAAGGAAACGUAAGUAGUUUCGCUUUGCCUGUUAGCUUCAGCAGUUGUAGUUUUUUAAGAAUUCUCCUAUUGGAAUUGAAAAACGGCAUUCUCAAGUUACCCACCACAGGUUUUUCUUCCCUCAAAAUUCUGAAUUUAUCUCUUGUUCGAAUCGAGCAUGAGGAUCAAUUUGAAGAAUGUUUGUCAUCUUGCAAGUGUUUGCAGAAGUUAAAUCUUCGCAAUCUUGAUGGGAUAAAAAGUAUUAAUAUCACCAGUACAAGCAUUGCGAAUUUGACCAUAAUCCAAAGGCAUGAUACUAGUGUCUCUGCUAUUAAUGUUUCAGCUUGCAAUCUUCAAUAUAUACAAAUCUAUUGGUCAUCCUCUCAAAGCAAGCAGGUAAAAAUCACUGCUCCCAGCCUUCUGGGUUUGAUGAUGGAAGGAGUUGUUUUUGAUAGCUAUCACCUUGGGAGCUUCAAUUCUCUGGAACAUGCUAUCAUUUUUUUCCUAACCAACCCUCGUCUUUUGAGCAAGAAUAAAGCUUCAAUUGAUUCUAGUUAUCUAAAUGAGAUUCUUUUUAGUGUCAGACAUGCCAGAGUGCUGUUCAUUGGGAUAGCUUUUCUCAAGCUUCUACUCACAGAAGAAUUGCUAUUGCAUUUUUCAUAUAUGGUGAAGGUGCAGAGGUUGCAUCUGCACGUCACCCCUCAUUCAGAGGAUUACUUUUUCCCAAUGGUCGUCUCCAUUCUUAACAGAUUACCCAGUUUAGAAUCUCUCACCAUGAAAUCCUUCUUUGAAUCGGCAGCUCCCAGCGGCAAUGCAUCAAGCUUUUCGAUGGAGUCGUAUGAAUCCAAAAGUGUGGACUUCGUUGAUAAACUAAAGUCGGUGUUGAUUGAGCUUUACAGAGGACACAAAGCAUUAGAAUUCAUUAAACACUUGCUUAACCAGAAGAAAGCACUGGUGAAGAUGACCAUCUAUUAUUCCCCAGAAGAGCACCCUCAGCCCUCAAAUAUUACCAGAGCAAUACACGCAUUCCAGAACGUUUCUUCUACUGCUUCUGUAUAUCUUCUACCAAGGGCAGCACAAUUAUCAUCUGACAAAAUUUGUUGGGCUAGCUUAAAAGAAUGGUCACGAAAGUAG